GUCAAUUUUGAAGCAAGCGCAGUAGCGUCAGUCGUAGUUUGUCCAUUGUGUCCAAUGGAUCAAAAGUAAAUUUUCAUUCGAAAGUUUUAGGGUAUAUUAGAUAUACAUUUUAAAAUAACAUUUAUUUACGUAGUACCCGCGAAUUACUUUUUAUUUAACUUUUUAUAUUUUUAAUUGCGUUGUGUAAAUAUUUUUUGUAAUUCAAAUUUAGCGCUUGCGUAUGUUUGUGCCGGUUUUUAUCUAGUAUCACGUCAUCAGCCAUGAUGCAAGCGGGGAAUCGCGUCCCUUCCAUGAAAAUGGCAGAAAAUGAUAUAGAUUUGUAUGCAGACGAUAUUGAAGACUUUGCACAAGAUGAUUUUGGUGGAGAAAAUGUAGAUUUAUAUGACGAUGUUAUCUCUGCUCCUCCUGGUGGUAACAAUUCAGAUAAUCCCGGAGAUUCUAAUCAUCAUCCACCUCCCGGUGCAAGUGACGAUGGUAGCGGCAAUUUUGCAGGAACUGCAGUUUCUGUUAAUAAUAUAAAUGCUUCUGUAAGAAAACAUCAGCUGUACGUUGGCAAUUUAACAUGGUGGACUACUGAUCAAGACAUUGAGAACGCUAUUCAUGAUAUUGGUGUUAAUGACUUCAAUGAAGUCAAAUUCUUUGAGCAUCGCGCCAAUGGUCAAUCAAAAGGAUUCUGUGUCAUAUCCAUGGGCUCAGAAGCAAGCAUGAGACUUUGCAUGGAACUGCUCCCAAAGAAAGAGAUCAACGGCCAAAAUCCUGUAGUCACCCCUCCCACAAAACAAGCUCUAAGUAAUUUUGAAAGUCAGUCUAAAACUCGCCCUUCUCCUACUAACAAUACUAAUUCACGUCCUCCUCAUCCUAGCCAUCCUAAUAAUAAUAUUCACUCAGGUCCAAUGCAAAACUAUGGUGGUAGAAUGCCCAUGAGUCCCAACAUGAGACCUAUGCUUCCAGGUAUGCAAGGUGGUCCUAGAAUGCAAGGUCCUCCUGGUUUCAAUGGACCUCCUUCUAUGAAUCAACAACCUCCAAGAUUCCAGGGUAACCCACAAUGGAACGGACCAAGACCUAAUGGUCCUGGUCCUAAUAUGGGUAUGAGACCAAUGGCGCCUCCUCCUGGUCAAGGUGGGCCUCCAAGACCCCCAAUGCAGGGACCACCACAACAAGGUCCACCUAGAGGUAUGCCGACUCAAGGUCCACCUCCGAUGCGUCCUGAAUGGAAUCGUCCACCGAUGCAGCAAGGAUAUCCUCAAGGUCCACCGCAUAUGCAAGGUCCCAAUAUGGGUCCGAGAGGUCCGCCACCGAUGGGACCUCCUGGAGCACCGCCGCCGCAAGGGCCAGCGCCUCACGUUAAUCCCGCUUUCUUUCAACAAGGGGGAGGACCGCCGCCGCCGAUUCAACAUAUGCCUGGACCAGGGCCUGUCAUGCCACCUCAAGGACCACCACAAGGUCCCCCUCACGGACCCGUCGGGCCACCUCACGGACCUCCGAUGGGCCCGACCAACGUCCCACCUCACGGGCCGCCUCACGGAUACGGUCCGCCUGCAUCUAUGCCGCAACCUCCGUACGGUGGUCCGCCUCCUGAUCACCGCUCCGAUAUUCCACAAUUGACCGAACAAGAAUUCGAGGAUAUCAUGUCGAGGAAUAGAACAGUUUCUAGUUCGGCAAUCGGUAGAGCUGUAUCAGACGCAGCUGCUGGCGAAUACGCUAGUGCUAUUGAAACAUUGGUUACUGCGAUAUCACUUAUCAAACAAUCUAAAGUCGCAAACGAUGAUCGCUGUAAGAUUUUGAUCAGUUCUUUGCAAGAUACGUUGCGAGGCGUUGAAGAUAAGAGCUACAGUUCAAGUCGUCGGGAUAGAUCGAGAUCGAGAGAUAGAUCUCAUAGAAGAACAAGAAGGGAACGAUCAUCUUCGAGAUACAGAGACAGGAGUAGAGAUAGAGAACGUGAAAGAGACAGAGACCGUGAUCGUGAAAGGGACAGGUACUAUUCUGACAGAUACAGCGACAGAGAUAGAGAUCGUGAUAGAUCACGAAGUAGGGAACGAGCAGAUAGAGAAAGAGAAAGGGAUUACAGAGAUCGCGAACCGGAAGAAACAGAGAAAGAAAAAUCUAAAGUAUCCCGUGUAUCUAGGUCGAGGAACAAAUCUCCUGAUCCCGUAGAAGCCAGUACUGACAUAACAAAAUCUUCAAGAUAUUACGAAGACAGAUAUCGCGAACGAGAACGAGAAGCUCGAAGGGAUAGCGAUCGUGAUAGAGAACGUGACAGAAGAGGUGAUGACAGUCACAGAUCUAGACAUUAAAACAUUGAAAUAUCUAAUUAUUUGGAUCACAAAUACAAACAUUCACUCGUAAAUUUAAUCGGCUUUGAGUUGAUAUGGAAUUUCUAUAGAAUCAUCGUUGUGGAACUUAUUAAUUUUAUUGUUGUGGUUCUACAGGGUCCAAGUUAAUAUCUCCAAUGUAGAAAUCUUCAUUUCUAUCCAGGAACCAAAAUAUUUUUGUUUUCGUAUGUAUUUGAUUGUUUUUACUUUCUACUCGAAAUGGUGAUUUAAAUGUUUGUAUUUGUGAUCCCAUGUCAAUUUUUUUCAGACUUUUUUUAAGUGAAUUAGUAUUUCUUAAUGUACUAAAAUAUACUUUGGUUUUGUAAUAAGUAAGUUUUAAUGUAACGAGAAUCUGCGUUUGAUUUCAGUGUGUAGUAGUACCAAAUUAAGAUACAUAUUAAAUUGUUAAAAUCAAGUGUGAAUGAAACUCUAAAAGAUCAUUUCUAAUAAAGUAAGAUGAUAAUUUUUCAUUUUGUAGAUCGUAUUCCUAUGGGGAGUCAUUAAAAGUGCGCCGAAAUCGCCAUUAAACUGAUCUAUUUGCUUUAUAACAUCUCGGGAUUAAUUAUUUUCCAUGGGAAUAUGAAAUAUGAAAUUUUGUAUUUUUUCACUUACCUUUUCUAGGUUCAGAAUGUUUCGAAUGUACAAAAAAGCGUUUUUUAAAAUAUCUAUUUAAUGAACAAAAAUUUAAACAAUUACAUGAGAAAAAAGUGAAUUUAAGUAUUGAACAAAAAUAAAAAAUUGGAUUCAAUAAGCUCACAAGAUAUUGUAUACUCCGUUUAUUUCGAGGUUGAAAUCCGUGCUUAUACCCAUUAUAAAGAAAAUCAAGUACUAAAUGAUAAAAUUCUCAUUCAAAAUUAUUAGGAGCUCUGCAAUUUUCAUUUUUAUAAAGAGACUGAUCGGCAAAAAAGAAACUUCUAAACGGUAUAAAUCUCUUAGAAACUAUAAACAUUUCACAAACAUAGAUGACAAAAAAGGAUAUCCCAAAAAAUUCAAGUGUUUGAAGGAGCUUAUAAAAAAAUUUAAAUACUUUGUUUUUUGAACACACCUCAUGGUAAUUGAUUUACGGUUUUAUAUGCAAAAAUAAGCAACAAUUUAAGGGUUAUUUUUAGAAAUUCUUUAAUAGAUGAUAAUAAAAAACUGGGGUCUUGUAUAUAAAAACUACAAUUUUGUAUCUUAUGUAAAUAGAGAUUUA